AUUUUAUCAUCUGAAUCAAGUUUAUAUAUCUACAAUAUCUGCACAAAUGGAAUUGGGGGACAAGGCAGUAGGCUUUAUUUUAACCUUGACAAGUCUAUCCAUCUUUACAUACUAUACUUUCUGGGUCAUCAUCCUGCCAUUUGUUGACAGUGAUCACUUCGCCCACAAGUACUUUCUGCCUCAAGAGUAUGCUAUUUUGAUCCCAGUGCUUGUCGGCGUGAUUGUCCUAUCUUUCUUAAGCGUGUUCGUGGGUCUUGUUAUGCUCAAGUCAAAGAAAAAGAAGAAGACCACUUGAUUGAAUUUAACCAUAUUUGUUAUUUGAUUACGAUUGCAAGCUCUAUACAAGAAAGCAGUUUUCUCAUAUGAUUCCGUUCUAUGUAGUGGUUUUUGCAUGUAAGUCGUAGUUUCAGCUUUAUUAUUAUUAUUAUUAUUAUU